CACAUUCAGAAUCGGAUGCUUUCCUCAGAAAAUGGUGACCUAGUUGAUGCAGUUGUGCCAUUUAUGGGUGAAUCUAUUACUGAUGGGACUCUGGCGACAUUCUUGAAAAAGCCUGGUGAUAGUGUUCAAGUUGAUGAACCAAUUGCUCAGGUUGAAACGGACAAGGUGACAAUUGAUGUAGUUAGCCCUGAAGCUGGGGUUAUCCAAAAGUUUGUAGUGAAGGAAGGUGAUACUGUUACUCCAGUAACCAAGGUUGCUGUCAUUUCCAAGGGUGAGGCCAGGGUUACACACAUUGCGCCAUCAGAAGAUCAAUCAGGUAAAGACACUUCACAGACACCACCACCGCCACCCAAAAUAGAGAUUGAGGAAAGAGCUCCUAAAGUUGAUACUUCAACCAAGGAAAAGCCUAAAGUACCAUCUGCAGUACUACCCAAAACUUCUGCUUCAGAACCGCAGCUGCCACCCAAGGAGAGGGAACGACGAGUUCCAAUGCCGAGACUAAGGAAACGAGUGGCUACCCGUUUGAAGGAUUCACAGAACACAUUUGCAAUGCUGACUACAUUUAAUGAAGUUGACAUGACCAAUUUGAUGAAACUUCGGUCUGACUCUAAAGAUGCCUUCUUGGAAAAGCAUGGCGUGAAGCUGGGUCUUAUGUCAGGUUUUGUGAAAGCAGCUGCAAUUGGACUUCAGAACCAACCAAUUAUAAAUGCAGUCAUUGAUGGUGAUGAUAUCAUCUAUAGGGACUACAUUGAUAUUAGCAUAGCUGUUGGCACUUCAAAGGGACUUGUGGUGCCAGUUGUUCGCAAUGCUGAUACAAUGGGCUUUGCUGAUGUUGAGAAAGAGAUUAACAAACUUGCUUGUAAGGCUAAUGAUGGAACAAUAUCAAUUGAUGAGAUGGCUGGCGGCACAUUUACAAUUUCGAAUGGUGGAGUUUAUGGGAGUCUAAUGAGUACACCAAUUAUCAACCCUCCCCAAUCGGCAAUCCUCGGCAUGCAUUCCAUUGUAAACCGUCCAAUGGUUGUUGAUGGACUAGUUAUUCCAAGGCCCAUGAUGUAUCUUGCUCUUACUUAUGAUCAUAGACUGAUCGAUGGGAGAGAGGCAGUGUUUUUCCUGCGCCGAAUCAAGGAUGUGGUUGAGGAUCCUCGCAGGCUUCUCCUUGACAUUUAAGCCUGGUAUUUCACCCCCCC